CUUAUGUUUUUUCCAAAGAUGUAUCAUAUGGCAGUGAGUGUUGUCGAUAUUUGUUUACUUUUGCAGUGCUUGUCGCACGGUUGAUGUUUGUGGUAGUGCUGUUGAGUUUUUGAUAUUGACUACUGUUGCAAACUCACAAUGCCGGUGCCAAUGUUUCCCAGUUUACAGAACAAAAUUGCAGAUCCUUUGUGGUUUAGUAUUGAUAGAUCUUGUGAUGACGAGAACGAAUUACACGCGUUAGAAAAUGAACAGAGCAAUUGGAUGUCAGUAAUUGUGCAGAAGAACUGUGACUUACUGCCUAUCGGUAAAAAGCCCUCUGAGCAGCUAGAGGAAGUAGAAGAAGACGACGAAGAAGAAGAUGAUAAUGAUGACGACAGCGAUAGUCAUGAUGAUGAAGACGACGAAGAUUUGGACAUGGAAGUCUCAUACGAUAGGGAUUCUCCGAUGGACAUAAGUAUUCGUUUGGGUUCCGGAGGAAGUCAUGCAGCAGGAGUACGUUGAAGUGGGAAUUGUGGUAAAAUCUGAAGUCAUGAAUGUGCACAGACGGCCACAUGCGCUCGGUAUUUGUGUUAACGCUUUGUUUUCAUUGAUACCGUCUAAGUGCAUUUACUAUCAGGAUAGUCAAAUGAUUUUCAACUAUACUUAAGUAGUUUGAAGCCACAUUUGCAGUUAAGCAAAAAUCUCCUCCAGAUGUCAGUAUGCGAGAAGAUUGUAAAUAGAAUUUUCAUUUGUGCUUUAAUCGAAUGGACUUUGGUUUUGAACAUCAGUGCAGUAUUGUGUAAAUAAAAAUAAUACGAACCCGUA